AUGAUAAACUCCUGCAUUGAUUACAGACCACAGUCAGAACACAUCAUGGAGGGGAAGCUUCUGGUUCGUGCUGUUGUGCUCCUGGUUCUAACUGCUGCAGGAAGCAACGCACAGGACACAUCAAAUGUUUGUGGCAUUGCACCGCUCAACACCAGGAUCGUAGGAGGUGUAAAUGCUCCUCCAGGGUCAUGGCCCUGGCAGGUCAGUCUACACAACAGAAACGGACAUUUCUGUGGAGGCUCCCUGAUCAACAGCCAGUGGGUCCUGAGUGCUGCUCACUGCUUCUACCCGAGCACCAGCACAUCAGGUUUAACCGUUUAUCUCGGACGUCAAACCCAACAAUCCCCUAAUCCUAACGAGGUGUCCCGGUCGCUGUCUAAGAUCAUCAUAAAUCCAGACUAUGACCCUAUCACAAACGACAGUGACGUCUCCUUGCUGCUUCUGUCCUCUCCUGUUAACUCCACCAACUUCAUCAGACCGGUGUGUCUGGCGGAGCCUGGCCGCACGGUCCUGGCCGGGACGUCCUGCUGGGUCACCGGCUGGGGAGACUGUGAAUGCGAGGGUGCUCCUCUUCCAUUCCCUCAGACGCUGCAGGAGGUCAACAUUCACAUUGUGUCCAACACGCAGUGUAAUGCUUCUUAUGGAACAAUCACAAGCAACAUGAUCUGUGCCGGUGUGACUGCGGGAGGGAAGGACUCCUGCCAGGGGGACUCUGGCGGCCCGUUGGUGACUAAAAAUGGCUCUACAUGGGUCCAGGUCGGAAUAGUGAGUUUUGGAGAAGGCUGUGCUCUGCCCAACUUCCCAGGAGUCUACGCCCGAGUGUCCCAGUACACCUCCUGGAUCAACAACCAGACCAACGGGACAACAUCUGGAACCACUCAUCUGGUUUCCCUCUCAGCUCCUCUGCUGCUGUCCUUCUUCCCUAUUCUCUUCUCUCUCUCUGUGCUUUCAUAGCAACGUCUAACAGUCGGGAUCACUGGAUCUGGAUCAAUCAUUGAUGU